UACCAAUUUAUCAAACAAAAGCAAGGAAGAAACAAAAGCUCUAAAGCAGAAAGCACCGGCAGCAACAUCGCCACCAACGCUUUUCUUUUCCUCUCCCAUUAAGGCAUUCUUCCCUUUGGCCCUUGCUUCUUUUCUUCCUCCAUCGGCAAUCCCUUGCCCCACUCGACUUCCAAAGUAUCUCUUUCUUGUCUCUCUCUCUCUCUCUCUCUCUCUCUCUCUUUUAUAACAGAAAGGAAAGCAUGAGGCUCCUCAGUCCCACUUUCCUCCACUCUCAUCCAAACCAAACAAUUUCCUCCUCCUCCUACUCAGUGAAUUCAUUGCUGAAGAUUUGGAGAGCUUGUAGCGAUGGCGAGCACCAGCGGCACGAGGCCGCCGCGGAAUCUGUCAAGGCGGAUGACGCGAGCGCCGACGCGCAACGUGGACCUGCAAAACGAGGAAAACCCCAUCAACGACAGCGAGCUCGUUCCCUACUCCCUCGCACCCGUCGUCCCCAUCCUCCGCGUCGCCAAUGAGGUCGAGAAAGAGAACCGCAGAGUCGCGUAUCUCUGCCGCUUCCAUGCGUUUGAGAAGGCACAUACGAUGGAUCCAUCAUCAAAUGGACGACGUGUUCGCCAAUUCAAGACGUAUCUGUUGCACAGACUUGAAAGGGAAGAAGAUGAAACAGUGCGUACCCUUGCAAAAACUGAUCCAGGAGAGAUUCAGUUGUAUUAUAAGGAAUUCUAUGAGAAAAAUAUCAGAGAUGCUGAACAUACAAAAAGACCGGAGGAGAUGGCAAAGAUUUGUCAGAUUGCAACCGUGUUGUAUGAGGUGCUGAAGACAGUUGUACCUUCUGGGAAAAUUGAUGCUGAGACACAAAGAUAUGCUAAAGAUGUUGAGAUGAAAAGGGAACAGUAUGAACACUAUAACAUUCUUCCACUGUAUGCACUUGGGGUUAAACCACCAAUUAUGGAACUUCCUGAGAUCAAAGCAGCGGUUCAUGCUCUACGUAAUGUGAAUAAUCUUCCAAUGCCAAGAAUCCAAUCAAGUCCUGGUGUCCCUAUGGACGACAGUUCAGGAAUGUCUACGGAGAGGGUUAAAUCCAUCAUUGAUAUACUCGAUUGGCUUUCAUCUAUUUUUGGAUUUCAGAAAGGGAAUAUAGCAAAUCAGAGGGAGCACCUAAUAUUGCUACUUGCCAAUUUUCACAUAAGGAAUAAGAAAACUGAAGAUCCUACUGAGUUGGAUAGUGUCACUAUACAACAGUUGAAGGACAAAAUUUUUAAGAAUUAUUCUUCAUGGUGUAACUAUUUGCGCUGCAAAUCAAAAAUUAGGAUUCCUCAAGGUUGUGACAGACAACAGUUAGAGCUUAUUUACAUUGGACUUUAUCUUCUUAUAUGGGGUGAAGCUUCAAAUGUCCGAUUCAUGCCUGAAUGCCUUUGCUAUAUUUUCCAUAAUAUGGCCAAUGAGGUAUAUGGGAUUUUAUUCAGCAAUAUCCAUCCUGUUAGUGGAGCUACAUAUCAAUUAGCAGCACGUGAUGAAGAAUCUUUUUUGACUGAAGUUAUAAGCCCCAUCUACCAGGUCUUGCUCAAGGAAGUUAAGAGAAACAAAGGUGGCAAGGCAAGCCAUUCAGGAUGGAGAAAUUAUGAUGACCUAAAUGAGUACUUCUGGUCUAACAGAUGUUUUAGACUAGGCUGGCCAAUGGACACCAAAGCAGAAUUUUUUAGGCAUUCUGAUGUAAAGCCUGUAAAUGAGAGAGCUAAUCAACCUGCUCCUGGAAAGAGGAAGCCUAAAACAAAUUUUGUAGAAGUCCGUACAUUUUGGCACCUUUACAGAAGUUUUGAUCGAAUGUGGAUAUUUUUUAUAUUGGCGUUCCAGGCAAUGGUAAUUGUUGCAUGGAGUCCUUCUGGAUCUAUUGCUGCUUUGUUUGAUGAAGACGUCUUCAGAAGUGUUUUGAGCAUCUUCAUUACUUCUGCUUUUCUUAAUCUUCUGCAAGCUACCCUGGAUAUAAUUCUUAGUUGGAAGGCCUGGAAGAGUUUGAAAUUCAGCCAAAUACUACGGUACCUUUUGAAGUUUGCAGCGGCAGCUGUGUGGGCUGUAGUUCUGCCCAUUGGUUAUUCUAGUUCUGUGCAGAACCCUACAGGAUUGGUGAAAUUCUUCAGUAGCUGGGCUAGGGAUUGGAGGAACCAGUCAUUUUAUAAUUAUGCUGUUGCACUUUAUUUGAUGCCCAAUAUGCUUGCUGCUGUAAUGUUUUUACUUCCACCUUUACGGAGGCACAUGGAGCGGUCAAACUGGCGGAUUAUCACUCUUCUUAUGUGGUGGGCUCAGCCCAAACUUUAUGUAGGAAGAGGCAUGCAUGAGGACAUGAUCUCACUGCUAAAGUAUACACUGUUUUGGAGUAUGCUGAUUGUCAGCAAGGUAGCAUUUAGCUACUACGUGGAGAUACUGCCACUAGUUGAGCCAACAAAGUUGAUUAUGGAGAUUCCUAUCGAUAACUAUCAGUGGCAUGAGUUCUUUCCAAAUGUAACACACAAUAUUGGCGUUGUUAUUGCAAUAUGGGCUCCAAUUGUCCUAGUCUAUUUUAUGGACGCGCAAAUAUGGUAUGCCAUAUUUUCUACUCUGUUUGGUGGAAUUCAUGGAGCCUUCAGCCAUUUGGGUGAGAUACGAACACUCGGGAUGUUACGGUCCAGAUUUGAAGCUGUACCUGCGGCAUUCAGUCGCCGGCUUAUGCCAUCAGCAAGCAAGGACACCAAAAGGAAAGACUUGGGGCAGGAUGAGGCGCGUGAACGGAAGAACAUUGCCAAUUUUUCUCAGGUGUGGAAUGAGUUCAUACAUUCUAUGCGAAUGGAAGACCUGAUCAGCAAUAGGGACAGAGACCUGUUGCUUGUUCCAUAUUCUUCAGAUCAAACCACCGUUGUCCAGUGGCCUCCUUUUCUGCUCGCUAGUAAGAUUCCUAUAGCCCUAGACAUGGCAAAGGAUUUCAAGGGGAAGGAUGAUGAGGAGUUGUUUAAGAAGAUAAGGAGUGAUGAUUAUAUGCACUCAGCGGUUAUUGAAUGUUACGAGACUGUCAGAGAUAUUAUAUUUGGUCUUCUGGAAGAUGAAGCAGAUAAGAAGAUUCUAAGGCACAUAUGUUAUGAAGUAGGUUCUAGUAUACAACAAAAUAGUUUUUUGAAUAACUUUAAGAUGAGCGAGCUGCCUAUGCUCAGUGAGAAGUUGGAGAAAUUUCUAAAGCUCUUGCAAGCUGAUCCUGAAAAUAUUUCCGAGUCUCAAAUAAUCAAUGUCCUCCAGGAUAUUUUUGAGAUUCUCACAAAGGAUAUUAUGGUCGGUGGCCAUGAAAGCUUGGAAAGUGCUCACCCGGUUCAAACACUUAAGAAAGAGCAAAGGUUUGAAAGGCUAAACAUCGACCUGAUUGAGAACAAAUCUUGGAGGGAGAAGGUUGUUAGGCUUUAUUUGCUAUUAACUGUCAAGGAAUCUGCAAUAAAUGUGCCUCAGAACUUGGAGGCUCGCCGCCGAAUUACUUUCUUUGCGAACUCCUUGUUUAUGAAUAUGCCAAGUGCUCCCAAAGUCCGUGACAUGAUGUCAUUUAGUGUUUUAACUCCAUAUUACAAAGAAGAUGUCCUGUAUUCUGAGGAGGAACUACAGAAGGAAAAUGAGGAUGGGAUAUCGACUUUGUUCUACCUACAAAAGAUAUAUCCUGAUGAAUGGACCAAUUUCCUAGAACGAAUAGACGUUUACCCCAAGGAUGAAAAGAUGGAUUUAAUUCGUCACUGGGUAUCUUACAGAGGGCAGACACUCUCUAGAACAGUGAGAGGGAUGAUGUACUACAGGAAAGCUCUAGAACUUCAGUGCUUCCUUGAAUAUGCAGGAGAUGAUGAGAUUUUUCGAGACUAUCGGAACUUUGAAGAGGAGACGACUUUCUUUGGUAAUGCACAAGCCCUGGCUGAUUUGAAGUUUACCUAUGUUGUCUCUUGUCAGGUUUAUGGGAAUCAGAAAAAAUCUGAUGAUCCUAAAGACCAAAAUUGUUACCUCAAUAUUCGGAAUCUCUUGUUAAAGUACCCAUCUCUACGUGUUGCUUACAUAGAUGAAACAGAGGAGACAAAAAAUGGAAAAUCUAGGAAGUCUUAUUUCUCUGUUCUCGUCAAGGGAGGGGACAAGUUAGAUGAGGAAGUAUACCGCAUCAGGCUUCCAGGUCGUCCAGUAGAUAUUGGUGAAGGAAAACCUGAAAAUCAAAAUCAUGCCAUUAUCUUUACUCGAGGAGAAGCCCUGCAAACAAUAGACAUGAAUCAGGAUAAUUACUUUGAAGAAGCUUUUAAAAUGAGAAAUGUACUGAAGGAAUUCUUAGAACAUCAACAUGGUCAUCGGAAACCCACAAUAUUGGGUCUGAGGGAGCAUAUAUUCACUGGAAGUGUUUCAUCACUUGCAUGGUUCAUGUCCAAUCAAGAGACCAGUUUUGUUACUAUUGGGCAACGAAUUUUGGCAAAUCCUCUCAGGGUACGGUUCCACUAUGGACAUCCUGAUAUAUUUGACAGAAUCUUCCACAUAACAAGAGGUGGCAUAAGCAAAGCUUCAAAAGUAAUCAACUUAAGCGAGGAUAUAUUUGCAGGAUUUAAUUCAAUUCUGCGUGGGGGAUUUAUAACACAUCAUGAGUACAUUCAAGUAGGCAAGGGGCGUGAUGUUGGGAUGAAUCAAAUAUCCCUUUUUGAGGCUAAGGUUGCAAAUGGAAAUGGAGAGCAAACUCUCAGUCGUGAUGUCUAUCGUCUUGGACGUCGAUUUGACUUCUUUAGGAUGUUGUCAUUUUACUUUACAACAGUGGGUUUCUACUUUAGUAGUAUGAUGACUGUACUUACUGUAUACAUAUUUUUAUAUGGACGUGUGUACAUGGUAAUGAGUGGAAUGGAGAGAGAGAUCCUUGAGAAUCCAAGCAUACAACAUAGCAAGGCCCUUGAAGAGGCUUUGGCUACCCAAUCUGUUUUCCAAUUGGGCUUAUUGCUAGUUCUACCCAUGGUUAUGGAAAUUGGCCUGGAAAAAGGAUUUCGUACUGCCCUGGGCGAUUUUAUCAUCAUGCAACUACAACUUGCUUCUGUAUUCUUUACGUUCCAACUUGGAACAAAAGCACAUUAUUAUGGAAGAACAAUUUUGCAUGGAGGUUCUAAAUAUCGAGCUACUGGCCGUGGAUUUGUUGUUUUUCAUGCAAAGUUUGCUGAUAACUACAGGAUGUACUCACGAAGUCACUUUGUGAAGGGGUUGGAGUUGUUUAUUCUAUUGAUCGUAUAUGAAGUUUAUGGGGAAUCAUAUCGAAGUUCAAAUCUUUAUUUGUUCAUCACUGUCUCUAUGUGGUUUCUUGUUGCUUCUUGGUUGUUUGCUCCUUUCGUGUUCAAUCCAUCUGGUUUUGACUGGCAGAAGACAGUAGAUGAUUGGACAGACUGGAAAAGGUGGAUGGGAAAUCGUGGUGGUAUUGGGAUUUCACCUGACAAAAGUUGGGAAUCAUGGUGGGAUGAAGAAAUGGAACACAUCAAAUACACAAAUUUCAGGGGAAGAGUGCUGGAGAUAAUACUUGCAUUUCGCUUCUUUAUUUACCAAUAUGGAAUUGUCUACCACCUUGAUAUUGCUCAUCACAGCAAGAGCUUGCUGGUGUACGGCCUUUCUUGGUUAGUGAUGCUGAUUACUCUUGUUGUCUUAAAGAUGGUAUCAAUGGGUAGGCGAAGAUUUGGUACCGACUUUCAGCUCAUGUUCAGGAUUCUCAAAGCACUUCUGUUCCUUGGCUUCAUGUCUGUCAUGACUGUCUUAUUUGUUGUAUGUGGACUCACUAUAUCAGAUUUAUUUGCUGCUAUUCUUGCCUUCACACCCACAGGAUGGGCCCUUCUUCUUAUUGGGCAAGCAUGCAGGUCAUUGUUGAAGGGGAUAGGAUUCUGGGAGUCGAUAAAGGAGCUAGCAAGAGCAUAUGAAUGCAUAAUGGGGUUGAUAAUCUUCACGCCCAUAGCCGUUUUGUCUUGGUUUCCAUUUCUAUCAGAGUUCCAAACGCGUUUGCUCUUUAAUCAAGCAUUUAGUAGAGGCCUCCAGAUUUCAAUGAUUCUUGCAGGAAAGAAGGAAAAAUCAACUUGAACUUUUUUGGCAUCUCACACCUAUACUCAUCCAAAUUUUAUCAUAUUCUUUGAAAUAUUAGUAUUAGCGUUAUCAUUUUUAUAGAAUUUGGUGAUUUUUGUAAUAUUUAUCUUCAU